GUCUGUACCUGAAGUGAUAGACCCAGAAUCUUGGAGUUAAAUUGGUUCAGCAUAACCAUGAAGCCUGUAACUGCAGUUCUGCAGUAGUGAGGAAAAUGGCUUUCAGUGGUUCUUGGGUUUUUUUUUUUUAAGGCAUUGUUUAAUUGUGCAUUUUCCAGAUUUGCUACUUUAGAAAAUUCUUAGCAUGUUCUCUUAAGGCUUUUGUAAAUUCUUUAGCAUUUUCCUUAAUUAUCUCACAGAAUUUAUACAUUAGUCAUAAUCAACAUUUGGAGCUUAAAUGUGGGCGAAUAUUUAGUACUGUUUUAUAUUUUUAGGGAAUGGUCACCAGUUGUUGCCAUAAGAAUUUUAUUUGGGCCAGAGGUCAGGUUUUUCCAGGUGAACUGAUUUUACAGGUUCUGGAGCCUUUCUUUGAACUUUAUAAUUGUGCUUGUUGCAUCUACUGUUGUUUAAAAUGGUCUGUUAGUAAGGCAGGUCACUUUAAAGGAAAAAUUUUCAUUGUUGUCUUCAUAAUCUCCAUUCCUGGCAAAUUUUCUGAAAUGUUAGGUUUUUCUUUGUCUUAAUCAAGUAAAACAAAUCUGUUUGAUGUCCAUUUCAAGAUCUUCUUCUGCUGCCCAUCUUGUGGUCAUUUAGCUUCUCAUAAAGCCCUCCCUUGGAGACUGCCAGAAGGGAGAGAAGAUGAAAAAAUAAAUCAUUUUCUAAUUGUUAGCAGCUCUGGAAAAUGAUUUAGAAGAGAUGGAAGCUGUUCUGGAAAUUCUUUUGGAUUAUAUUCUAUUUCAUUCAUCUGCGUUGUUUCUCGGGUGUUCCUAAUAGUUAUCAAUUCAGAGGCCAAUGAUCCAGCUAUUGGGAGACCAGGAAUCUUCUAGCUUUGUGGGGUUUGUUUCUUGCUAUAAGUAUCUUCACAGAGGAUAUUUAGGAGUAAAGAUAAAAUUGAAGCAAUGUUAUUUUCCCCCUAGAGCUCUUUAGUGAAUAAUUUGAUUUUUUUUUGGAUAGUUUAGUCAUUGUUAUUGGAAGUGACUUUAUUUUAUUUUGAUGUAUCAAGUGUAAGGAGGCGUUUGGUUGCUUUUUAAGAUUCCCAUAAUUGCUUUCCUAAAUUAUUAAGCUUGAGGGCAUUACAUCUUUGAUUUGGAACAGAACCUUGGAUUUGCUGUAGAACAGGUUCAGGGGCAGGAUCUAAUUUUCUUUUUGUGAUUGUUUAAGAAGUUAACUUGUUUUGAUUUAGCAGUAAAAAAAGGGAAAAGGCUUAGUAGUGGACAGACCUUGUGUAUCAACUGUAACACUGAUGAUGUCUGCUUUGUUUCCUUGUCCUGGUCCCCAUUUCUCAUUUAACCAUUUGGAUUCUGCUGUAUUGGAGUUCUUUACUUAUAGACUGGACAGCAGCCUUCAGUCACACUAGGGCAAGUUAACAUGUCAGACUCGAGGCCCGUGGGCCACAUGUGGCCCACAACGAAUAUUUUUGCGGCCCAGCCAAUAUAACGUUUUCCUGGAACCUGGGCUCCCCAGACGCAGCGCUGGAGCAGAUGGAUAAUGGAGACUGGGGCUAUAUGAUGACUGACCCAGUCACGUUAAAUGUAGGUGGACACUUGUACACAACGUCUCUCACCACACUGACCCGAUACCCGGAUUCCAUGCUUGGAGCUAUGUUUGGGGGGGACUUCCCCACGGCUCGAGACCCUCAAGGCAAUUACUUCAUCGAUCGAGAUGGACCUCUUUUCAGAUAUGUCCUCAACUUCUUAAGAACUUCGGAGUUGACCUUACCCCUGGAUUUUAAGGAGUUUGAUCUGCUUCGAAAAGAAGCAGACUUUUAUCAGAUUGAGCCCUUGAUUCAGUGUCUCAAUGACCCGAAGCCUUUGUACCCUAUGGAUACCUUUGAAGAAGUGGUGGAAUUAUCAAGUACUCGGAAGCUUUCUAAGUACUCCAAUCCAGUAGCUGUCAUAAUUACCCAGUUAACCAUCACCACCAAGGUCCAUUCCUUGUUAGAAGGGAUCUCAAACUAUUUUACCAAGUGGAAUAAGCACAUGAUGGACACCAGGGACUGCCAGGUCUCCUUCACCUUUGGGCCCUGUGAUUAUCACCAGGAAGUGUCUCUCCGGGUCCACCUGAUGGAAUACAUCACAAAGCAGGGCUUCACGAUCCGCAACACCCGGGUGCAUCACAUGAGCGAGCGGGCCAACGAGAACACGGUGGAGCACAACUGGACCUUCUGUAGGCUGGCCCGGAAGACGGACGACUGAUCUCCAUCCGGGGGAGUCCUGGACACGGACUCUGCAGGAGACGGGAGAGACUGAUUUUUUUUUUUUUUUGUGGGAUUUAAGAAAAGAUUAUUAUUAUUAUUUUUUGGUAUUUAUUUGAAGGCAUUGAGGAGCAGAAGGAAGUUUGUGCUUUAGUGGAUUCCUCUAUGUUUAUUCCCUUCACCCUGAGUAUGCAUGUGCCUGUUCAGAGCCUCCAGAUAACUUUUUUAUAAAAAGAAAUUUGAGAAUUAUUAUGGUAUAUAAUCAACCCUUAACAGAGCUUUCUUUUUUUUAUUACAGUGCUAAAAUGAUUUCUGAUUAAAUGGUCCCUAACUCAACUAGAGGCUCAAAAAUAUAGGAAUGAAAGAAUAAACAGAGUGAGUACUCCUGAUGCUUUUGACAAAACAUCAAAACACCAUGUAGGUGACCUAGUUUCCAAACCAAUAAGCCGUAUUGUAAUAUUAAAAGAAAACUGUUCCAAUCAUUUAAAAGUACUUGUUAAGUACUGCUUUUUACAGUUAUGACAACUGUUUCUUUCUAUGCAUAUAAAUCAAGCAACCAAAUAUCUGUAGCCAUGGAAAUGUCUGACUAGAAAUAUUUAUAUUGGAUUCUGAAUACAAAAUGGCCCUGUGGUAGGAAUCUUACUUCUUAUGCCUGGUGCAGUAUAAUCCCCAAGUGUACUGUCUACCAGAAAAAAAACUAAUAAAAAGUGAAAUAGAAAAA